UUUGAUGUCAAGAAACCUUUAGGACCCUUUGCAACAAGUCCCAUAUUUUGUUUCAAAAGCACACUACUCCAAGCCAAAUACACCGUUAAAGCAAUGGCAGAGAGAGAGGAAAACAUAGUGCUUUUUCCAUUCAUGGCACAAGGCCAUAUUAUACCUUUCCUAGCCUUAGCCCUCCACAUAGAACAAAGCAAAAACUACACAGUAACUUUGGUCAAUACCCCCUUAAACAUCAAGAAGCUAAGGCCCUCUCUCCCUCCAAACUCCUCCAUUAACCUCGUUGAAAUCCCUUUCUCAAGCUCUGACUAUGGCCUCCCUCCCAACACUGAGAACACAGACGCUCUUCCUUACUACCAAGUCAUCCAACUCGUGGAAGCCGGCAUUUCUCUCAAGCCAUCAUUCAAGAAGCUCAUUGAAAACCUCACCGAACAACAAGGCAACCCUCCACUUUGUAUCAUUGCUGACAUUUUCUUUGGAUGGACUGCAAGUAUUGCUAAAGAGCUCAAUGUGUUUCAUGCAAUCUUUAGUGGUAAUUGCGGGUUCGGCUUGGCUUGUUACUAUUCUCUCUGGAUACACCUGCCUCACAGGUAUGUGGAUUCUGAUGAGUUUUCUUUGCCUGAUUUUGCUGAGGCUUCAAGCAUUCAUGUUUCACAGUUGGCAAAAAAUAUAAAAGAGGCUGAUGGUACCGAUCCUUGGUCUAUCUUUCACCAAAAGAAGAAUCUUCCAGAGUGGGUGAAAUCUGAUGGGAUUUUGUUUAACACUGUGGAAGAGUUUGACCUCGUUGGAUUAUUGUACUUUAGGCGCAAACUUGGUCGGCCUUUUUGGCCUAUUGGGCCGGUUCUUUUAUCCACAAAAAGGCAAGCUCGUGCUGGCAAAGAAGGUGGUAUUAGUUCUGAGCUUUGUCUUGAAUGGCUUAACACAAAGCCUUUUAAUUCUGUUCUUUAUGUGUCUUUUGGCUCUAUGAACACCAUCUCUGCCUCACAGAUGAUGCAAUUGGCUAUGGGAUUGGAGGCUAGUGGCAAGAAUUUUAUUUGGGUAGUUAGGCCACCAAUUGGGUUUGACUUGAACUCAGAAUUCAAAUCAAAUGAAUGGUUGCCGGAAGGAUUUGAAGAGAGAAUAAAGGGAUCAAAAAGAGGGUUACUAGUGCAUAAUUGGGCACCCCAGUUGGACAUUUUGUCUCACAAGUCUGUUUCUACAUUUUUGAGUCAUUGUGGGUGGAAUUCAGUGCUUGAAUCGCUUAGUCAUGGUGUGCCUAUUAUCGGGUGGCCUAUGGCAGCAGAGCAAUUUUUCAAUGUGAAGUUGCUGGAGGAAGAGUUGGGAGUUUGUGUGGAGUUAGCUAGAGGGAAGAGCUGUGAGAUUAGACAUGAAUAUAUAGUUGAGAAGAUUGAGUUGGUGAUGAAUGAGACAAAGAAAGGCAAUGAAAUGAGAAGUAGAGCUUGUGAAGUGAUGGAGAUUAUUAAGAAUGCCAAGAAAGAUGAGGAAGGUUUCAAAGGGUCUUCUGUCAAAGCCAUGGAUGACUUUUUCAGUGCUGCAUUGUCAAUGAGGAAGAAGACUUAAGAAGGAACAGGAUAUUGUGGCCUGAUUGAUGGAGAAAGAAUUUUGGAAGAAUGGAUUUUGGGUAAACAUGGAAACUUUUUUCCAUGUUAUUUCAAUCUUUGUCUAGAUUUUGUGACUUUUUAUCUCCAUUUUAGACAGAGUGAUAAUUACCCACUAUGUGUGUAUGGGACAGCUAAAAUCAUGUUUUGAAAAACAUGAUUUCAAAUAUAAUUGUGAACUGUAUUCAUUUCAUAAUUAUAUUUGCAAUUUAGCUGAAG